AUGGAAUGCCCAGAACUAGAGAUGUUAUAUGUUCAUAGAACUACAUACCAUGGACAGUCGGUGCAAAUCCCAUCCGACUGUUUCAGAGAGAUGCUCAGAGUGUUGAAUUUAACCAACUUAUACGUACCGUCAUUGCCUUUAUCUCUUCAAUACUUGAAGGAGCUUCAAACUUUGUGUUUGGAUGAUUGCGAGUUGGGAGAUAUAACUUCCCUGGGGCACUUAAGUAGCUUGGAAGUUCUUAGCUUAUCACGAUCUGAUGUUAGAGAAUUGCCUAAAGAAAUAGGGCAAUUGACUCUUCUUCGGUUGUUGGAUCUAUCUGAUUGCAGUAGCCUUGAAGUGAUACCACCUACUGUUAUAUCCAGCUUGGUGAAACUGGAGGAUUUGAAUAUGAGAGAUAGCUUUAAGGAUUGGGAAGUUGAAGGUGAAGGGAGUAAUGCAAGCCUUUCAGAGCUGAAGCAUUUGUCUCAACAAUCUUCAUUAGAGAUACAUAUUCAGGAUGAUGACGCUCUUCCAGCAAACUUGUUCUCCAACAAGUUAGAAAGAUUCAACAUAUAUAUUGGGGAUGUGUGGGAUGAGUGGCAUGAUGAAUGGGAUGCAAUAAGUUCUCCAUGGGAGGACAUACUUAAUAAAACUAUGACCCUGAACACAUUGAAACUCAAGCUUACUAAAGAUUUAGAUGAAAGUCUAAAAUGGCUAAUAAAGAAUUCCGAAUACUUGUCCAUAGAUGAGACAGAAAUUGUUGUUGUCCAGGAGUUGAAUGCCGAAGAUUUUGAGAAUAUUAUACAUCUCCAACUCCAAAAUAAUGUUGAUUUUAUGGCUAUGGUUAACAAGAAGGUUGUGUUCCCCAACCUACAAACCCUGUGGGUGCAUGGAUGUGAUAAAUUACAAUUCUUGUUCUCAUUUUCCAUGGCUAAAAGUCUUGUACAACUCACACAUCUAAUGGUCUCCGAAUGUAAGCUCUUGCAAGAGAUUGUAUCAUCAACAAAAGAAGACGGUGUAGAAAAUAUAAGUGACAUGUUUUUUAAACUUAGAGUAUUGAAGCUUGCAGAACUUCGAGACCCCGCUAGAUUCACUACAGGAAAUUAUAUAGAGUUUCCGUCAUUGGAAGAAUUGGAGGUAAAGAAAUGUGAUAAUAUGGGGGCAUUCAUUGGUGGUAAGGUUUCUAUGAGAACUAAAGGCACUAGAAGCUGCAAAGAAAUUGAACAGAAGAUAUUGGAAGAGGAUUCGUUCCACAAUUUGGAAGGCAUACAAUUGACUGGCAUGGAAAUUUGGAAUGGACCACUCCCAGUGGAGCAGUUGGUGUUUGGCAAAUUAAAAGUCAUUAGCGUUGGACGGAAUUGUGCACUUCUGGCCAAGCCUUUUCCUCCAGAGAUUACAAAAUCUUGA